AUGGCUGCUGAACCAAACUUGCUUGUCGCAGUGACGGCCUCCGACCAGAGUGCCUCUGCUGCCCGUGCUCCAGAGCGUACACUUGUCCAUUCCCCCCCUCAGCGUGAUCUAGCGUGGGAGAUUGUCAAAGAGGAAUGCCAUGAUAUUCUCGAGCAGCUCCCGCUUUCCCUCCAGCGCAACUAUUCGCUCAUGAAGGAGCUCGACGAGCAAGUAACAGCUCAUCUACAGGCCAUCCCCGCCGUCCUCAAGGACUACUACGAACUACGCGUCAAAGUCGAGGAGCAAAUGGCCACAAACGGUGCAAACGCCAGCAGCGGCGACGCCAUCGACCGACCGGAUGCUGACCGACUCUGCAAGCGACCCGUUUCCCGUGCCUCUUUUUCCUCUGCAUCCCUCACGCCCAUCAGCGAGUCGCCGUCGACGAGAUCGCUCUCCCUUCCCAAUGUGCGAAACGGCGGCAGUGGCGAGUCCAACGACGAGGCCGAAACGGAAGAACAGGACACGUCGUUUGAGACGGAACGAUCAGCAGUCCCAGCCGCACCGUCGAGCGUCCAACUUAUCACACGGAUAGCGACGCUCGCGACAGACGCAAUGCGUGGGUCCCUGGAAAAGGUCAACCUGGCCAAUGCGGCAUACGCAGGGAUUGACAGACAUAUUCGUGCGCUCGAUAUUGCCAUUGCAGAACAGGAAAAGGCCAUUGAGAUUGGUAUACGUCCUGGAACCCAUCCUGCGAGUAGCACAGUCGUCAACGGAACUUCUCCGAACCAUGCAAGGUCACCCUCAUUUGAGAGCAAUAGCUUGCUAGCGCUCGCCGAAGCGGCGACUGCCAUCCACGCCGCAGAGAAGACAUUGGAGUCGCUUCAGCCUUCGCCAAUUUCGCCACCUAUCAAAAAGGAGAAAAAAGAGGCUUCCAAAAAGGUGGAGAAGCAGAGCCAUGCCGCGGCUGUAAAACCCAAAGUCGAGCCAUCAAAGCCCAAGGUGGAUACGUCAAAGGCAGCAAAGCCAAAGCAACAACCUAGAAAGGAUCGUCGAGUCGGCAAGAAAGAUCCAUCCAUCCUCGCUAUAGUGCCUCUAGACGACGACGAGCCAAUCGACCCAAACGAGCCGACAUAUUGCUAUUGCAAUCGGGUUUCCUUUGGAAAUAUGAUUGCCUGCGAUGGUCCAGACUGUAAACGAGAAUGGUUCCAUUACGAAUGUGUUGGGAUCACCAGAGAGCCCGCGGCCAACAAAAAGUGGUACUGCCGCGACUGUGAAAUACAAGAGCCCGCAAAAAAGAAGCGAAAGCGGUAG